CAUGCCCUGCUGCCUACGUUUCCCGGCGUCCUGCGCGCGGCUUCCGGUCCGCCGCCGGCAGUGACAUCAGAGCGGGUUGGAUUUUUCCCCGCGAAAGAGGCGGCAGCGCGGGACGGGCGCGCGCCAUGCAGCGGCGCAUCACGUCGUUCUUCGUGCCUGCCCGCUCGCCGGACCCCUGCACCGCGCCGGCGCCGGAGCAGGGCGAGGACCCCGCGCAGGACCCCCCGUCCCCAGGCCGUGAGGACCGUGAUGGGCAGGACCCCGGUUCCCUGUCCUGUCUGCCGGCUGCUGGGUCCCCGGAUGGCUCUUCUCCCGACAGUGCCUCCUCGGCUGAAGAAAGCCCCUCGGCCCCUGAUGGCUCCUCCGCCUCCCUCCCCGGCAUCCCCCGGCGCAGGACGGCUCGGAAGCAGGUCCCCAAGCGCAAAAUAAAGCUGGCGAGCUGUGUGGAGAACGGGCAUGCCGCGGAGCCCGAUCCCAAGCGGUGGAGGGAAGAGCCGGGAGACGGAUGCGAAUCAGACAGCCCGGAGACACAGGAGGUGAGGGAUCACAGCUCAGAAGAGGCUAAGGAAGCAGAAGACGGCAACGAGGAUAGGGAAGCCCAGACAUCGGAGCUGCCAAAGCCCAGCAAAGCCGUUGCUGACUUCUUUGCCCCCAGGAAGGGGUCAAGGACGAAGGCAGAGGAAAAUGCGGCCCCGAAGAUGCCAGCCCCGAAGGGUUCAGCUCCCGCCAGCGUUGAAGGCACCAACGGGACUGCAAGCAGUCCCUCCCAGGCUGCCGAGCUUCUGGAUCCAGCCCAGUACAACCCCUCCAAGAGCAGCUAUCACCCCAUCCACGAUGCCUGCUGGGCUCCCGGGCAGAGAGUCCCCUACCUGGCUGUGGCUCGUACCUUUGAGCGCAUUGAGGAAGUCUCUGCCCGCCUGAAGAACAUUGAGACCCUGAGCAAUUUCCUUCGCUCAGUCGUUGCCCUGUCACCGUCUGACCUCCUGGCCUGCGUCUACCUCUGCCUGAACCGCCUGGGCCCUGCCUACGAGGGGCUGGAGCUGGGCAUCGGGGAGAGCAUCCUCAUGAAGGCUGUUGCGCAGGCCACAGGUCGCCAGCUGGAGAAAAUCAAGAGCGAAGCCCAGGAGAAGGGAGAUCUGGGGCUGGUGGCCGAGAGCAGCCGCAGCAACCAGCGGACCAUGUUCGCGCCGCCCAAGCUGAGCGCUGCCGGGGUCCUCAGCAAGCUGCAGGAGAUGGCCAGGAUGACGGGCAACGCUUCAAUGAACAAGAAAAUUGAUAUCAUCAAGGGGUUGUUUGUGGCCUGUCGCCACUCCGAGGCUCGCUACAUUGCCCGGUCGCUGAGCGGGAAGCUGCGCAUCGGCCUGGCGGAGCAGUCGGUGCUGGCGGCUUUGGCCCACGCCGUCUCGCUGACCCCCCCGGCGCAAGGGUGGCCCCCAGCCGUGGUGGAUGCCAGCCAGGGCAAGUCUGCUGAAGCACGUAAAGCCUGGCUGGAAGAGCGGAGCCAGAUCCUCAAGCAGACUUUUUGUGAGCUGCCGAACUAUGCCGCCAUCAUUCCCGUGCUGCUGGAGCACGGGCUGGAGAGCCUGCCCCUGCACUGCAAGAUCACCCCAGGGAUCCCCCUGAAGCCCAUGCUGGCCCAGCCCACCAAAGGCGUCGGGGAGCUCCUGAAACGCUUCGAGGAGGCGGCCUUCACCUGCGAGUACAAGUACGACGGCGAGCGGGCCCAGAUCCACAUCCUGGAGGACGGGGCCGUGUACGUCUACAGCCGCAACCAGGAGAACAACACCUCCAAGUACCCCGACAUCGUCACCCGCAUCCCCAAGGUGAAGAAGGCCAGCGUGCGGUCGUGCAUCCUGGAUGCAGAAGCUGUCGCGUGGGACCCGGAGAAGAAGCAAAUCCAGCCGUUCCAGGUGCUGAUGACACGGAAGAGGAAGGACGUGGAGGCUGCCGAGAUCAAAGUGCAAGUGUGCCUGUAUGCCUUCGACAUGCUGUACCUCAAUGGGGAGUCGCUGGUGAAGGAGCCCUUCUCCAAGCGCCGCCGGCUGCUGCGCGAGUCCUUCGUGGAGACGGAGGGCGAAUUCCUCUUCGCCACCUCCAUGGAUGCCUGCAGCACUGAGGAAAUCUCCGAAUUCUUGGACCAGUCCAUCAAGGACUCCUGUGAGGGCCUCAUGGUGAAGACGCUGGACGUGGAUGCCACCUAUGAAAUUGCAAAGCGAUCCCACAAGUGGCUGAAGUUAAAGAAGGAUUACCUGGAAGGGGUGGGGGACACGCUGGACUUGGUGGUCAUUGGUGCCUACCUGGGGAAGGGCAAGCGUGUGGGCAUGUACGGGGGCUUCCUGCUGGCCUGCUACGACGAGGAGAGCGAAGAGUACCAGAGCAUCUGCAAGAUCGGGACCGGCUUCACGGAGGAGAGCCUGGAGAAGCACUACAGCUUCCUCAAGGACCACGUCCUGGCCCAACCGCGGCCCUACUACCGCUGGGACAGCGGGGCAGCGCCCGACCACUGGCUGGCAGCUGUGCAGGUUUGGGAGGUGAAGUGCGGCGACCUCUCCAUCUCCCCCGUCUACAAGGCAGCUGUGGGCCUGGUGGAUGAGGAGAAGGGCAUCUCGCUGCGCUUCCCCCGGUUCCUGCGCGUGCGGGAGGACAAGAAGCCAGAAGAGGCCACCAGCAGCUCCCAGGUGGCUGAGCUGUACAAGAAGCAGCAGCAGAUCCAGAACCAGCAGCAGAUCCAGAACCAGCAGCUUGCCGAGAAAGGGGAGGACGAGGACUUUUACUAACGGCCUGGCUGGCGUGGGGACCCUGUGCCCGAGGUGCACGCGUGGCUCUGGGACAGGGACUUUGGGACACAAACAUGACUCUCCGCCACAACACAGACCUCAGGGCCUGACCCUGCCCUUUCCCUGGGUAUUUAUGCAGCUUCGAUCUGGGACAGGGACCCUGGGACCAGGUCUCACUCCAGCCCUGGGGCGCACGCGUGACUCCCCUCUGGGACAGGUACCCUGUGGUCUGACCCUACUCUGUCCCCAAAUCUAUGUGUGACUCCUUGCUCCGGGAUAGGGAUCCCAGCCCUGACCCUGCUCCGUGCCCGAGGUCCAUGCGUGACUCACCUCCAGGACACGGACCCCAGCACCUGACCCUGCUCCGUCCCUGGCGUACACACACGGGACAGGGUCCUCAAGGCCUCACCUUGCCCCAUCGCGUGCGGUUUCCCUCCAGGACAGGGACCUCAGGACUCGUCCCCAGGGUCCCCGCACGCCUCCCGCUCCAGGCUGUACCCCAACUCCCCAAUAAACACUGCCGCUGCGCCUCCGCGCUCUGCGUCCGGCACGGCGAACGCCUUUUAUUGCCCUUUA